GGAAGGGGGUGGGGGCUGUUUUCCUGAACCGCCCGCAGAUAUUCAACGGGGACUUCGUGGACCGCGGCUCCUUCUCGGUCGAGGUCAUCCUCACGCUCUUCGGCUUCAAGCUGCUCUACCCCGAUCACUUCCACUUGCUCCGAGGGAACCACGAGACGGACAACAUGAACCAGAUCUACGGCUUCGAAGGGGAGGUGAAGGCCAAGUACACGGCGCAGAUGUUCGCCCUCUUCAGCGAGGUCUUCGAGUGGCUGCCGCUGGCCCAGUGCAUCAACGGCAAAGUGCUGAUCAUGCACGGGGGCCUCUUCAGCGAGGACGGCGUCACCCUCGACGACAUCCGGAAGAUCGAGAGGAACCGGCAGCCCCCGGACUCAGGUCCCAUGUGCGACCUGCUGUGGUCGGACCCGCAGCCGCAGAACGGGCGCUCGGUCAGCAAGCGGGGGGUGAGCUGCCAGUUCGGGCCCGACGUCACCAAGAGCUUCCUGGAGCUGAACCGCCUCGACUACAUCAUCCGCAGCCACGAGGUGAAGCCCGAGGGCUACGAGGUGGCCCACGACGGAAAGUGCGUCACCGUCUUCUCCGCGCCCAACUACUGCGACCAGAUGGGCAAUAUGGGCUCCUACAUCCACCUGCGAGGCAGCGACCUGCGCCCCGACUUCCACCAGUUCACAGCAGUGGUGAGUUGGGGG